CUCUGCGUAUGCGAGUAUAUAAGUAACGGCCAGCAUCACAUCUCUUCAGUAUCUCAUUGACAUUCGCGGUGUACACAGGCGUUGGCGACUUAAUUUUUUUGAUACGUAUUCUAUUUUUGAAAUAUUUUUUUGACAAAAUGCUCAAGUUAUUCCUUGUCGCCUAUCUUGCGUCGGUGGCAACAGCCAGCGUUAUACACGACGGGAACUGCCCGGACAUAAAGCCGGUUGAAAACUUUAACGUGUCUGCUUACCAAGGAGUAUGGUAUGAAAUCUCCAAAUACGAUAAUCCCCAUGAAAAGAACGGCAAAUGCGCACAGGCGGAGUACAAAUUGGAUGGUGAUAUCGUCAAACUGAAGAACACUCAUGUCGUCAACGGUGUACAGACUUCUAUCGAGGGUACUGCCAAGUUAGCCGAUGAUGCCAAUAAAGCUGCCAAGCUCCUUGUUACAUUGAAUGUCGGAGAAGCCAGCAGGGAGACACCAUUGAUGGUAGUUGCUACCGAUUAUACAAACUACGCCAUCGCUUACAACUGCAAAAAUGACGAGAACAAGAAAUCCCACCAAGAAGCAUUGUGGGUGUUGUCCAGAACGAAGACUCUUGAGGGUGAAGCCAAGACAGCAGUGGACACUUUCUUCAAGAACAACAAGGAACUCGAUGCUUCUAAACUAAUUCAAACAGAUUUCUCAGAAGAGGCGUGCAAGUUCACCAGCACUGGUGUAGUAACCGAGCAUAAGGAUUAAAGACUGAGUGAUGCAGCAUUGAUUUUAAGCCCUAAUCUUACUUUUGAGGAAAUAUUGUUAAACAAAAAUGAGGAAGAUUAACUAAAACUCUAAAUUAAAGCAGGCGUUUCAGCAACUAUUCUAUAAGAAGUAGUUUGAUAAACCUCGAUCGGGAAUUGGCGAUUUAUGUUUUACUGCUGGAGGUCGCCUUCUAAGGCAACUCUGGAUUUAGAAAGACUCGAGUAAUAGCGAUAAGAUUUUAAGUGGCCGUCAGAGCCCUUAGUGAUAAAAAUUAUAUCUACCCAAAACUUAACAAAAAACAUU